UUUAGCAUUAGCAUAGGAAGAGGGAGGAGGAAGCAGAAGCAAGUAGCAAGAGAGAUGAAUUGAAGGGUUUGCAAUUGGGAGUGUGAUGAACGGUUCGUUGGAGCGCAGUGGCGCAGUGGAGAGGCUCCGCAUAAGCCCGAAGCGAGAUCACAAGGCCGAAAACUACGAAGACCUUCAAUUGGAGUUCAACCCUCUCGUCUUCACCUCUCUCGAACAGUAUUUGCCUCCUCACAUGCUCUCCCUCCCUCGUGAUGUCAAGCUUCACUACAUGAGGAACAUCCUCCUUCGCUAUUUGCCCGAGACCGACCGCAUUCGGAUUCAGAAGCACAAGGAAUACAGGCAAAGGAUCAUCUUCAAUUAUCCACCGCUCUACAAGGAGAUAUAUACUAUGGCUGCUGAGAAAUUCUUCACACCAUCAUUUCUAAGAGCAAUUAGACAAAAUACAGAAGCCAGUUUUCGAAGUAUAAUCACCGAACCUUCUAGAGGAAUUUAUACAUUUGAAAUGCUUCAACCACAAUUUUGUGAAAUGCUCAUAUCUGAGGUGGAUCAUUUUGAAAGAUGGGUCCAUGAUUCCAAAUUCAGAAUCAUGCGACCUAAUACAAUGAAUCAAUAUGGAGCUGUUCUUGAUGAUUUUGGUCUGGAAGCCAUGCUUGACAGGCUUAUGAGUGAUUUCAUAUGUCCCAUAGCUCGAGUUUUCUACACUGAAAUUGGUGGCUCCUCACUGGACUCUCAUCAUGGUUUUGUUGUUGAAUAUGGAAUCAAUAGGGAUCUGGAACUUGGCUUCCAUGUGGAUGAUGCAGAAGUCUCCUUAAAUAUUUGCUUGGGAAAAGAAUUUUCUGGUGGAGAAUUGUUUUUCCGUGGUGUUCGAUGUGAUGAACAUGUAAAUUCAGAGACCAAACCAGGGGAGAUCUUCGAUUAUUCCCAUGUUCCAGGGCAUGCAAUUCUUCAUCCUGGUCGUCACCGGCAUGGUGCCAGACCUACAACAUCUGGGAAUCGGAUGAAUUUAAUUCUCUGGUGUAGAAGUUCGGCUUUUAGGGAGUUGAAGAAAUAUCAGAGAGAUUUUUCUAGCUGGUGUGGAGAAUGCAAACGCAAGAAGAAGGAGAAAGAGCGUCUAUUAGUGUUGGCCACCCAACAGGAAUUAAUGAAGAGGGAAAUGCAAUCGGCCUCAUGAACUUUCACAUUCAAAUCGUGCUUGUAUAGUUGAUUCUCACCAUUUGACCUUCUUUACUUCCUCUAGAUUCCGGAUUAUUUUUAAUGAAAUGAAAUAUGAUUCAAGUUGAAAGUAAUAGGCAUGCAUUUUGCAGCGUUACAUGAAGCAAAGAGGAAAAUUUUACAGUUUUAUUUUUGAAUGUUUUGAAUUUCAAAAUGAUAAUAAUAAGGAACUAGAGUUCCUGAUUUUUUCUUUUGGUU